AUGGCUUUUGCUCGAGCGCUGCUUCUCUCGGCCCUGUUGGGUUCGGCUGCCUUGACCACAGCAGCUCCCAUUUCCCCUGCUUGCCAACCAGAACCCAAGGAUUGGGGUCAAAUCACCUUCAAUGGUAUCGCUCUCAGCAAAGGCGACGACGGCGACUUUGUGAUUGGUGGACCCAAUCCCAUUAAUUUUGCAGUCGCCACCUGCUCCCAAAAAUACUAUGGUAAAUACGAGGUUCAGGGCGCAGCGUACCUUGUCGACGCUACCGACUCCAGUCAAUGCCUGACGGCCAGCGGUCUUGACCAGCAAGACGCAAGCUUUUCGUUCCAAGAUUGUCGUUACAACGGCGCUGGAGACAUUUGGGCCUCGCAAUCGUUUGCGUACUAUACCGACUACGACGGAGGCAACACCUUGCCCGCCUACUUCAAUGGCGAGAACCAGAGAGCAGUCAAUGCCACUCAACCUCCCAUCUACAAUCUCAAGAGUCAAUACAGCGAGCUCAGCUUUGAAGGCAGUCUCGGAAAGUUGAUGGUCGAUUACACUCCAAAUCUCUCCUCGGUUCCUUCGGCUUCGCUCGCACUUCCAGACCGAAACCUCCCCGUCACUGCACCUGCUCAGACUGACGAUCCUGCCCUCAAGUGUGGCACUUACCAAGUCGGCCAGCUCAAUUUUAACAACCAGACCUCGAGCUCGAACCAGUACGAUGGGCCGUUGAAUGCCAAAUGGGAGGCCGAUCCAAGCACCAAGGACAAGUUCAUCUUUGAACAGUGCGACUACUCGCCCUCGGGUAUCAAGGCUCAAGGCGAUGUUGUUUACGGUCGUCUCCGUCCUGGCACCGAGCUUCAAGACAGCAAAUUCCAAUGCUACACUUUCAUUGGUAAAGGCGACGGAGACUGGAUCAUGGGUCUUCAAGAGCAAACCUGCGCAUACACGACCGCUUCCGCCUCCGAGGCCGCCAAGGAGAACAUCGACGUGAUCAAGCUCGACAAGUCGGACAACACGGUAUCGUGGGUCACCUUCAAGAAUGGAACCCAAGUCAGCGAGUAUUUGGCCUACACUCAGGUCAACUAUGACGAGGAGUAUGGCGUCACUCAGCACGUUUGGGACCCGCUCGGCAUCGGCUACAUCCAGCUCUCCGACCCCAAAUUCCCGCCUGGAACAGUGAGCUUUGUCCCCGAUGCAUAA